AUGGCCAGCGCUCUGGUGGUCACCUCGCACGAGCCCAUUCCUGGAUCUGGCGAUAUGUGUUUCGGCUAUGAUGUGGAGCAGAAAGCCAAUGCCUUCUCAGACUUGCUGGAGCAUCGGCCCCUUGCAAAGGUUGUGGAAAUGCACGGGCAAAGCCUAGCGGACCAGCGAUACAUCGGCGCUGUGCUCAACUAUGAGCAAGGUCUGGCUUUCUCUGACAGGCGCGGCUACGUGAAGCUUUGGUGGAAAGGGGGCUUUUGCCCGAACAGCAAGUCAUAUUGUGGCCGAUGGGAUGCCUAUGACACUUCGAAACGACGCUGGAAGAAAGGUGACACUCUUCAUCUAAGCCGAGCGAUUCCUUGGUCUCGCCUGCAAGGCGCACAUGGAGCCUGGAUCAUGGAGGGGGCCGAGCACGUUGGAUGGGCUGGUGAGGGUGAAAACACCGCGAAGCUAACCAUUCAGUCCAUUCCCCAGUGCAACUGGAACAUUCGCUUCCAGAUGAAGAUGCGCGAUGCUGCGCAAGGGACAGCGGCUGGUUUCGGUUUCAAGGACGAUGCUGGGCAGACGCAGUAUUUCCUCCUGGAUGCCGGAGGUGGUAAAUUGUGGACGGAAUCGGGGCGAUGGAAUCCGGCACAGGACUGGGGUAGUUCUCCUGUUCAGGCAGGUACUUGGCAUACCUACGAAAUCAUCAAGGCCGAUGACAUGCUGUUGAUCCUUAUGGAUGGCACCUUUCUUAUCCAAAGGGAUGCCUUCAACUGGGCAAUAACGGAGAUCUUCUUUCGGCCCUGGAGGAAUCGCAUGGAGGUGAAGUAUUUGUCAGAGGACAGGGAAGCCGUUGCCCUCACAGUCCUUAACAACCAACACCACACUGGUGGGUUGACUGGCAAGUAUUUCAAUUUCCACAUGGACGAUCUGCGUCUGAAGCCAGACCAGGUGUACUACCGCAAGUUACGGCGCUGUCGUGGAAGCCAAACCAUCGCCUCCGCCAUCAACUUGCAGAUCUGGACCAACGUGGGCUACGGAGGUGGGAAUGCUCAUGGUCGCAGGACGGACAACAACGUCGUCUUCCAGAAGGGUGACGUCUUGACCGCAGAGGAGAAUUGUGUAGGUGUUCUCUGA